CUUAUCAGAUCAUUUCCGAGAAAAAUCGUAGAGAGAUCUCCAAAUACCUCUUCCAAGAGGGAGUUUGUUAUGCAAAGAAGGAUUACAAUCUUGCAAAGCAUCCAGAUAUUGAUGUACCAAAUCUGCAAGUGAUUAAGCUCAUGCAGAGCUUCAAAUCAAGGGAAUAUGUCAGAGAAACUUUUGCUUGGAUGCACUAUUACUCGUUUCUUACCAAUGAUGGAAUUGAGUUCCUUAGGACUUACCUCAAUCUUCCAUAUGAGAUUGUGCCAGCUACUUUGAAGAAACAGGCUAAGCCAACUGGUGCAAGGCCAUUCGGCGGUGAUAGCCCUAGGGGUCCACCUAGAUUCGAGGGAGAAAGGAGAUUUGGUGGUGACCGUGAUGGUUAUCGUGGAGGUCCUAGAGGACCUGGUGGUGAGUUUGGUGGAGAAAAGGGUGGAGCUCCAGCCGACUAUAGACCUUCUUUCGGGAUACAAUGA